GUCAACGUGACCGCCUGCGAAACGUACAUUUCGCUUGACCUGCGAUUGGAGUUGCGCAUUUGCUGGUUGUGCAGUAAACUUUCGGUUGAGUAGUUUGUGGAAGGAAUACUGCUGUGCUAGUUCUGUGAUGCAAGUAAACUAUUGAGGCUGUUUUGUGUUGGAAGCCUCACAAGUUCCAUAGCUGGGGUUCCGGUUCCAGUGUCAGUACUAAAAUUUAUUGGAAAUGGCACUUUUGGCUCCUGGGUAGUGCAUAUUGAUUAUUUCAUUUUCAUUUUCGAGUUACACCAUAUCAGGAUGUGUGACGCGCCAGGAGCCGUGGAGAAGCCGCCAACGUGCGCGGAGCAGACCAGCACGAGUACCGACAAGGAUAGCUCAGAGGCGGGUGCCGAGUCCAACCGCGACUCCGGCUAUGGGCCCUCCACCGGCACGCAGAGAAGCAGUACCAACAGUUCGUUUAGCCGCGGCUGUUUCUCUGGCGAGGAGAGUCAUCGCUCCAGUGGCAGUGAGACCAGCAGCGGCCGGCUGGCGCUGGCCCCGGGCGCGGCUCCCAGCGCCCCGACCGGCCACCCGGCGCCCGCGGGCACCAAGGCGGCCAGGCAGCUGAGCGGAGCGGCCGCCGACUCGGGCCUCACGCCCUCAGAGGAUAAGAGCGUUGAAGACUCUUUCCAGGCGGCGCUGCAGAAGGGAGCCUACCAACAUGUCAUGUCCUACGUGCGGAAAAUCCUGGAGUGGGAAAAAGCGCGUGUGGGCGAGGUGAGCUCCUCGGUACCGGCCUCCUCUGCGGAGAAGGAGGACAGCGCCGGAGCGUCGGCCGAGGACAGCGAACCGCCAGCGCGUCUGGAGGUGCUGGUCAGCCUGCGCAAGGGCACUGUGGUGCGCACCUCCGGCAGCAUGGCCGAGCUGCUGGGCUACCCGCCAGACAUGUGGGUGGGUCGCAGCUUCAUCGACUACAUCUACCCGCGGGACCGUGCCUCCUUCACCAAUACCAUUAACGACAUGGGAGUCGACGUGGAUGGCCUCAUCAGCAACAAAGACGGUUCCACUAGCUCCAGUCAGCUGUUCUGCCGGCUGCGCCACCACCGAGGACUCAAGUCGGUCGGGUUCAAUGUGGUCAGCCACUCGCACAUCUACCGGCCCUUUCAGCUGCGGAUCCUGUUCCACGACCUGAAGCUGGACCAGCUCAGCGGCGAGGGUCCGUGCAUCCUGGUGGUGGCUGACGUGCUCCAGCCGGCCUACAAGUCCACGCCAGAGGGCGUCCACCCGGGUUUCCGUAACCUGCACUUUUCGAUGCGCCACACGGCCCAGUGCCGCGUCGACCAGUACGACUCUCAGGGUAUCACGCUCCUAGGCUUCCUACCGCAAGACGUGGUUGGGCGUAGCAUGGUCGAUCUCUUCCAUCCGGAGGACCUGCCCGCCAUCAAAGACGUCUACAGGAAAGUGACCCAGCGUACGGGCACGCCGUUCCGUAGUCGCCCGUACCGCCUGCGGGCCCAUAACGGCUGCUACGUCGGAAUGGAAACCGACUGGAGCUGCUUCGUCAACCCGUGGUCCAACCGCAUCGAGGCAGUCAUCUGCAAACACAGAGUCAUCAAGGCGCCGAGCAACCUCAACAUCUUUGACGAAGAUGAGGAGGAUGGAGCCGACUGUGCCGACAAGCUGAUGCUCCGAAACAGUCACCGGGUUGAUAUCGAGAACAUUCUCUCCAAGGCGCUGCCGGCGGCCGACAGCAAGGCGUCGUACCUAACGCAGCGCCGCCGCCGACUGGUGGCCCUGAUGGAGAGUCUCAUCAGCGACCUGGAGGAAACGGUGGAUCAGCCGGCUACGCCAGACCAGGACCACACGUCCGUGCCCGGUGACGUGUCGCCGCACACGUCCGAGCGCGGCUCGCCUGCACCCAUCUCAGUCAGCGUGCCCAACUACGUCCAGCUCAACUACAAGGAGACCAUCAACAGAUUUUUCGAAUCUCAUCCGAAAACAGCGAUUGGCUCCUCGGACGAGUCUGACUCGAGAAAUGACAGCAUCGGCGUGGCUGGCCCGUCUUCAGGUAGACGCACCGCGGCGGUGGCCUCAGCGAGUCUGGACUCGCCGCAGCCGGGCCCCAGCGGGGUGUCGGCACCGACCGGUGGGUCGCGUCACUCGCCGCCGCCGCCGCUCACCAGCUAUCACCACCAGCCGCUGACACAGGCCGUGCUCGACAGACACAAUGCUGAUAUGGAGAAGAACAUGCGCCAGUCUCUGGGACCGAAGAAGCACAUUUGUCACAGCAGCAAGUGUAAGAUGAUCAAACACAACAGCUGCAGCGAACCCAAGAAGGGCCUGGACGAGUUCGAACAGGAGCGUCGGCACGCGAUGCUCAACACGGCCGGCUGGCCGGCGCCCAGUGUGUUCUGGCCGCCGUUCUCCGCCUGCCUGACCGGACCCGGAGCGCUGGCUGGAGUCGGAGCAGCCGGUGUAAGCCAGUGGGUGGGCGCCGCCGGACCGGCUGGCGCGCUCCGGCCGCACGGCGUGGCCGUGUUUCAGCCGGUGGAGCCGCCGCCCGUGCCGCCCCAGCCGCAUCACGUUCUGCUGGGCCCGCUGUGCCAGCCGCCUCAGCUGAUGGGCGGCCUGAUGGCAGCCUUUUCCACCGCUCCUCCCCCGGCCGCCGCCGCCGCCGCCGCCGCCGCCUCCCGGAAGCGUCCCGUGUCGCUGUCCCUGUCGGUGUCGGCGCGGGGAGGUCUGUCGUCGGGAGAGCAGAGCGGAGACUGCACCACCACCACGUCUGAGAGUCUCCGUAAGAUGAACCUGGACAGCGACGAGGAUCUAUCGAAAGAGAAGCGCGGCAGUGACCUCACGUUCAGCGACUCCAGUCUGUCCUCGGCUCUGAGGGAUGUGGAUGGUGUCGGGGACGGAUCCAACUUCGGCUGGCCGAGUUACAACCCGCGUCACGCCGCCGCUGUCCGUGACGAGGACCAGCCAGCGGGCUACGGGCCGUCGUCCUCGCAGAUGGAGGAACCCAAACAAAAGCCGGUUCUCAUGGACCCGCCGUGGCUGGUGGCCGUCAGUCAGACCUGCGAGCUCACCAAACAGUACCAGCUGGAGCCGCGCAACCUUCAGGAGGUGCUCGAGCAGGACAGACUCGCCCUGACUCAGAUGACUCAGCCCGCGACCCUGACGGAGCAGCUCAGUCAGCUGUACCAGGACCUACAGACAGUCGGCGCGCCGUCCGUGCUGAACCUGGAGGAACGCGACCCGACCAGCGGAUCCUCGGACGAGUCGAGCGCCAUCCUCGGAAAAAGGGUGAAGCGAUGCCGGCGGGUGCACGAGUACGACCGACUGACGAUUGUGUUCGAGGAGGACUCGCCGAUCCCGCCGCCCACGCUGCCGGCCAUCCGCCACUGCGAGAUCGUGCCGCCCGUCACCAGCUAAGCGGGCUGGCAGAGCAACAGCUGCGGGGGCUCUAGCCGAGGGGGCUCUCACCAGAUGAAUGGGAUGUCAGGUCAACAGCUGAGCAGGCUCUGUCACAGCCGAGGGGGCUCAGUCACCAGCUAAGGGGGCUCUAUCACCUACAGAGGGUUCUUAAAUCACCAGCUGAGGGCUCUCAGGACGUGACCAGCUGAGGGGAAGGGGAAGGGGAAGGACUACGAUGGACCCAGAGUGUGCCCAAAUCAGUUACCGACUGAGAGGUAUACAGUGGAACCAAACCGGCGUCCGGCCGCCAGUUUAGCGGCCACACAGCUGAUUCAGACUAAUCCGAGACAGGCCGAGAUGUGCCGAAUGGGGUUCAGAGAGGGCUAAAUUGGGCCGCCCGUACGGGGUUCAAGUCGGCCCCUGAAGGGAGGCAUCGGACGUGUGAGAGUCUAGGCCGAUCUAGGUGUGCCGGACUGGAUUUAGCUUAUAGUGAAGUUUGGGACAGGCCAGCUCAGGUGGGCCCACAUCGGGCUCAGGCCGAGUGGACAUAGACGGAAUAACUGUCAAUUUGUGGUGGAGUGAAUCCAGACGAGAUCGAAGUGGACUGGGGUGACGGGCAUCCAUCUGAUAAAACAGGCGACAAAAUUGUUCUGAAAUACCGAUUGACCGGUAUCCAACAGCUAGGAUCUUCGAAGGAUCUCGGGUGCCUUUCCUCUUACCUAUUGACCUUGAGCCUUACGGCUUACGGGAUGUAUAAAAAAAACAGAAUUUUCGACUUUUCUGGUGGCUUUGGCAGAAUUCAGCAUAGCUCAAGCGUAUAAAUCACGCUAGGGAAAUUGCCUUACUCAGGGAUAGUGAAGAUCAUACGUUCUCUGAUAGGAAUGUACUUAGAUUUCGAUAUCGAUCGAAUAGCUGUCGAUUUCGUAGAGGCUUUUAGCUGGUAUUUCCUGAUAUUAUAUCUGAAUUAUUUACACAAAUAUGAAAUAUAUAAUACCUGCUUCCUAGGCAUGGAAUAUUGGCAAUUUAUUUACUUUUUUUUAUUUAUUAGUGUAGUGACAGUGAAGGCUUUUUUAGGUCACGGCUUGGGUCUGGCACUAGAUAGGAUUGUGACCAUUGGUAGUUGGUACCGGCUGAGGCCGAAAUGGGCCGGUAAUGGGCGAACUGGGUCCCACACGUCCAAAGUGAUCGAGCUUAUUGGCUUACGACAUUCGGCUGUUAGAGGUAUGGUCUGAUGUAUGGUGGGAAUAGUUCUAUCUAUUAUCGGAGACCAUCCGGCCUAGUCAGCUCAACCGCCGAGUGUAUGUGUCCUUUCAGUCUCGGGAACGGUUUGUGAUCGCGUAUCAUAGUCCGGCUUCCAUAACGGUCGAAAGUCGAAAAUGCGUCGUGCAUAUGUAUGGAGCUUUUUCCGUGAUAGCUCGAAGAGGAAAGAGUUUGGUUUUUACGUUCUUCAAAUAUGUAAAAUUAGUACUUAUAGAUCUUUUUGGUGCAAGUGUUCACAUGAUAUGCGUUGGUGUGCUAUAUGUUAACUCCGCAAACGGAUAUAGGUGGAGAUUCGAUGUUGUUUCUUUCGUUUUUUGUCCAAAACGUUGUCUUCCCUGCCUUUAGUCUGACUGGGACAGCCUAUGCUUCUGCUCUGUGUACCGGACUGCUGGGUCCAUGUUCCUCGGUGUUGGUGCGAUGUUGCACCUCUGGUGUGACCGUCUCGUCCCUGCGCGCUCCCUUCCACGGCAGUGUCCGCGCCGGGUCUCAGUGUUACCGUGUUCGGGUGUCGAUGCGCCCGCCGGCAGGCCUCGAAGGUCCUAAUGACGUUAGGACAGGACGGGUCGGGUCGGCCGUCCCGGGCCGAUGUUGCCGCGAGCGUGGUGUGUUGGUGGCUGCACUCCAUAUCCUAAUGUCUGCACCAGCCAGUCAACGUGUGUGUGUGUGUGUGUGUCGAAUACAGAACGUCCGGGAACA